AUUUCCGCUGCCGCAGCGACAACGGGCACGUCAAAAAAAAGAAAAUGUGGACAGUAAGGACAAACUGAGGCCGGACAAGGACCGUCGUACUACAUACGUCGUCUUCGCACGCCUCUGUUGCCGGGCAGUUAUUAUUUUUUAAGGUUCCCGACCGAAUAUUUGACAGUUUAACGCUCUUUUCGAGGUUAACUCGCUGCCUUGUUCUGUGGUGGUUCGCUUUGAGGAAGCAGCAGCUCGGCUAGCCAGCUGAAUUAGCUAGCCUGCUAGAGAUGGGGACGAGAGCCAGUCGCCUACAGGAAGACCCGGUUCCCUCUGCUUUCGGAAAAGAUGGCACAAAGCGGGAUUCCUACCGGCGGCCCCGCCUUACCAGGCCCACUAGUCUCAUGGUCGACUUCUCUGGGAGCUUCGAGGACACGGAGGCUAACCGGAGCCGAUCGGAGGAGGGCAGCGACUCGGACCUGGGGCAGCAUGGGGCGAGCGCCGACGGUAGCCCCGCUGACCACCACAGCAUCCCCCCUAGCAUUAGUCAAGCGUCACCUGGGGACGACAACAACAGCGAGGGGAAACCCGAAGAAGACGGUAAUAUAAGCCCGGGGGCUGCCGCUGACGCUGAACAUCAGCCCGGGGAAGAGACAGGCCGCACACCCCACCGCACUUUUUCCGAGCGGCUGCCCGGGAAUCGACACUCUUCCGCCCGCAGCGUUGGCGCAAGAUCUGCCCGGGUCCGGGGCUCACACCAGCGGCCGGUGUCAGAGGCUUGGAUCGGCCUUUACCGUGUUAACAACCGCCAUGGCAAUAUCCGCUGUCCUUUCUGCUCGAAGCCUUUCCCCGGGGGUCGGAUCGAGGAUCACCUGUUGAGCUGCCUCACGUCUCCUCCGCUACCUUACAACACGGAUGUUCUUAGUAAAGACAGUGGAGAGUGCUCCAUCUGUUUGGAGGAUCUGUUACAGGGAGAGACCAUCGCCAGGCUGGCUUGCCUCUGCGUCUACCAUAAGAGCUGCAUUGAUUCCUGGUCCAAGGUGAAACCCUGCUGCCCUGAACAUCCCUUUGAUUGACUCACAGGUCACAUGUUUUGUGCACAGUGACCAACCCGACUCAGGAGACUACACUGAAUCCUAAUAAAACCCCAAUAAAGA